AUGCCUAAGAAAAGGCAUCAAUCCAGGUACUCAAAGCCGCAAUCUACGGCCCCCGCGUCAUUGGGCGCCUCAGCUUCAGCCUCGAGCUCUGUUCAGAGCCAACUCAAGGGCGUCAACGAACUCUUGGCCGAUCUCCGUCGAUCCUCCCUCGCCUCCUCAAGCCGUAACACUGCGAUAUCAGUAGCCACACCCACCGUCCCGCCAGCCCUCCGACAGAUCCUCCAGAUCCCAGAGACACCUCCCCCAGCACCCAGGCGUGUCCCAAGAUUCGACGCAUCAGGGAGGAGAGUCCCGCCCGGUCCGCCACCUCCACGUAGCUGGCUUUCUCGUACCUCCAGCAAUGCCAGUCGUUACAGCAGCGCGCACGCCAAUGUCGCCCGCGGCGCCGUCCAGGGCCUGCCAGGCACCUACGAGCCGGAUAAGGGUAGCUUGACGGACUUACUACUUCGCAAGAUGGCACUGAACUGGGACUUCCAGAAGGAUUAUGACCGUUACUACCUGUACACGCUCCCCAGUCGAGUGCGAGCCUCGCUGGUCAAGUACGUCGGCAUGUGGCACGACGCUGGGCUGUCAGCUUCGGACCUGCGCAAUAUCCUCGUACCCCCCGUCAUGGACGAGGAGGAUGGCGAGCAGGUGCAACAGGACCCCGAAGAGCUCGUGUCGCUGAACAACAACAUCUACUUCCUCGACCUGACAGGCUCGAUCGGUUACUCCAUGACGAUGAAAGAGCUGACCGACGUGCUGUUCCCGCAGAAGCUUGCGGACGUGUCAGAGACGGUACAGGACUCCUGGGAUAUGGUGGAGGCGCCGUCGCCACCCCCGAGACUGCUGCCCAACAUCACUCAUCUAUGUCUUGCCGUUACACCAGGGGCCCACAGCAACGGUCCCGGCGUCUCGUGGAAGCAGCUGCUCACCCUCGCCGCAAAGCUGCCUACGCUUACGCACCUCAGCCUAGCAUACUGGCCUGAGCCGUCGAUUACGCCCAACGCGAAGUUUGCGACGAUCGUCUCGCCCGAGGGCCGGACGCAGCAGUACGCUGGCACUGGGGCGUACUCACAUACUUUGGACGAUGACUGGUCCGAGGCCGUCAUCCAGCUGCGGAAGCUGAGCAGGUCCCUUUACGGUUUGGAGUACCUCGACCUUACCGGCUGCGGCGCCUGGUUCAAGGCUCUCAUGGCCAACGUAGACAACGACAAGGUCGAUUGGAAUGGCCCAUGGGGCAAGGUCUCGACGCUGAAAUUGAGAUACGGAUAUGAGCUGAGCGAAAACACACCGAUAGCGGACGGCCAGAGGUAUCUUGAAGCGGCGGAAAUGGCCAAGGCGAUUGAGAAAUACAUUGUGGCACAAAGAGCUGGAAAAGGAAGAUUCAUCACCGUUGAUAGAGACCAUAUAGAUAACGUAUGGACACCGGUGAUGGUGUAA